CUUGUGGUUUUGAAUCACUUCAUUUUCACUAUGAAAGUUUUCUGGUGCACAUACAACCUAUAAUAACUAUGCCUCACAUCACAUUCUUGCGUGUUGGAAAUUGGAAUCUAAAAUGAAUAACAAGUCACACUAACUUUUAUUUUUGGUUAACUUCACUUGUUAUUUUGUUUUUCAUCUAUAAAAGGGCAUUAGGAUGUCAAUGCCUUCUUGGUACAUGACGUACAAAGCUGGUUAUUAUUAUUGAGAAGCACAUUAAUCCACCAUUGAAGGUAGAGUCAUAGAAAUUAAUGGGAGAGGAAGGAUUUAGAGACAACGCUCCAUUGAUUGAUCACUACUCUUCUUCCGGCGAGGUGUUAAUUGAAGAGACUUUUAGAAGAACAGGUAAUGUAUGGAGCGCUGUGGCGCAUAUAAUAACAGGAGUGAUAGGAGCAGGUGUAUUGUCACUAGCAUGGUCGGUGGCGCAAUUAGGAUGGAUUGCAGGUCCUCUAUUCAUUCUACUCUUUGCAGCGACUACCUUCAUUUCAACUUAUCUUCUUUCUGAUUGCUAUAGAUUUCAUGAUCCUGAACAAGGGAGCAUUAGGUGCUCCUCUUACAUGGAUGCCGUCAACUUGUACCUAGGAGCAAUAAGGGGAAAGGUGUGUGGAGUGUUGGUGCAUAUGAGCUUAUAUGGUGCUACAUGUGCCUAUGUCAUUACAUCUGCUACCAGCAUCAGAGCGAUUUUGAAAUCAAAUUGUUACCAUAAGGAAGGGCAUGAAGCACCUUGUAAAUAUGGGGAUGCUAUGUAUAUGAUGCUGUUUGGAGUUGUUCAGGUCAUAAUGUCAUUCAUACCAGAUUUCCACAACAUGGUAUUGCUUUCAGUUGUUGCAGCUAUUAUGUCCUUUACAUACUCUUCUAUUGGACUAGGACUUGGCAUCACAAAAGUUAUAGAAAAUGGAAGAAUUAUGGGGAGUGUAACCGGAGUACCAGCUUCAAAUAUUGCAGACAAAUUAUGGUUAGUCUUUCAAGCACUUGGGGAUAUUGCUUUUGCUUAUCCAUACACUGUCAUCCUCCUUGAGAUACAGGACACUCUAGAGUCUCCUCCAGCAGAACACAAGACUAUGAAAAAGGCCUCCAUGAUUGCUAUCUUGAUUACAACAUUCUUCUACCUUUGUUGUGCAUGCUUUGGAUAUGCAGCUUUUGGAAAUCAAACUCCAGGAAACCUCUUGACAGGUUUUGGAUUUUAUGAGCCUUAUUGGCUCAUUGACUUUGCUAAUGCUUGCAUUGUUCUUCAUUUGGUUGGAGGAUAUCAGAUUUAUAGUCAACCAAUAUAUAGUGCUGCUGAUAGAUGGUGUUCAAGAAAAUAUCCGAACAGCGGUUUCGUGAAUAAUUUCUACCAAGUGAAACUACCUAUGUUACCGGCUUUUCAACUGAACAUGUUGAGGAUAUGUUUUAGAACAGCUUAUGUGAUUUCCACAACUGGAAUUGCAAUAAUGUUUCCAUACUUCAAUGAAGUUCUAGGAGUGCUAGGAGCAUUAGGAUUUUGGCCAUUGACUAUAUAUUUCCCAGUAGAGAUGUAUUUUGUGCACAAUAAAAUUGAAUCUUGGUCUACAAAAUGGAUUUUUCUUAGGAUUUUUAGCUUUGUUUGUUUUUUGGUGACAGUAUUGAGUCUUGUUGGAUCACUUGAAGGAAUCAUAAGUGAGAAACUAAGCUAAAAAGUUUAUACCAAUAUCCUUAAAAGUGCUUAAUUUGUUUAAGUUUGUUACUAAUGCUACAUAAUGUAAAAGGUUGUACA